AUGGUGGCACGCGUUGCAGGCGUAUUUGAUGAAAAAUUAACGGAAGCGAUUGCUAAUUCCAAAAUUCUAGUUGUAGGCGCCGGCGGUAUAGGUUGUGAAAUUUUAAAGAAUCUUGUUUUGACCGGCUUUCCACAGAUUGAGAUUAUCGACCUUGAUACCAUCGACGUAAGCAAUUUGAACCGUCAGUUUUUAUUUCACAAGGAACAUGUUGGCAAAUCGAAAGCGCAAGUAGCUAAAGAUAGCGCUUUAAGUUUCAAUCCUCACGUGAAUAUCGUAGCACACCAUGACAGUGUCAUAAGUAAUGAUUACAGUGUUAGCUACUUUAAAGAGUUCAGUAUUGUGAUGAAUGCUCUUGAUAAUCGGGUUGCACGUAACCAUGUCAAUAGAAUGUGCCUAGCUGCCAAUGUGCCGUUAAUAGAGACUGGAACAGCUGGAUAUGCAGGACAGGUGGAGCUCAUCAAAAAGGGCAUGACCCAAUGCUACGAGUGUCAACCGAAGGCGGCGCAGAAAACAUUCCCCGGUUGCACCAUCCGCAACACGCCCUCUGAGCCAAUUCACUGCAUUGUUUGGGCGAAGCACCUCUUCAAUCAGCUAUACGGCGAGGAAGAUCCGGACCAGGACGUGAGCCCUGACACUGCGGACCCCGAGGCUGCCGGAGACGCAGGAGCAUCAGCGCUCUCCACAGAGGGCAACGCAUCCGGCAACGUGGAGAGGAAAAGCACCAGAGCAUGGGCGGCGGAAACCAACUACGAUCCGGAGAAGCUGUUCACGAAACUCUUCGGCGACGACAUCCGCUACCUGCUGCUGAUGGAGAACCUGUGGAAGAAACGCAGGCCCCCCACUCCGCUGACUUGGGACAAUCUGCCGGGGAAGGACGAAACUCCAACACCCCACUCGGGGCUGCCCGAUCAGAGAGUGUGGUCUGUCCACGAGUGUGCUAAGGUGUUCUCGGAGAGCUGCAACGCGUUGAGCGCCGAUCUCCGCUCGCGGCCGGACGGCGACCACCUCGUGUGGGACAAGGACGACAAGAGCGCGAUGGACUUCGUCACGGCGUGCGCGAACAUACGCGCGCACAUAUUCGGCAUACCGCUCAAGUCGCGCUUCGAGGUCAAGUCAAUGGCCGGCAACAUAAUACCGGCUAUCGCCACCGCCAACGCGAUUGUGGCCGGUCUAGCGGUGCUGCGGGCCCAAGCGAUCCUCAAGGGUAACAUCGACUCCUGCACCAGCGUUUACCUUAGGCCCAAGGUCAACCACCGCGGCCAGCUGUUCGUCCCCGAACGCACGCUCACCGCGCCCAACCCGAAGUGCUACGUCUGCGCCCCCAAGCCCGAGGUGGGGCUCGCGUGUGACCUCAAACAGCUCACCCUCAAAGAUCUCACGAGCGCCUUCAAGGAGGGCCUGAACAUGCUCGCACCGGACGCGACCGUCGAGGGGCGGGGCCUGGUGGUGCUCUCCUCCGAGCCCGGCGAGACCGAGCACAACGAUCUCAAAACACUCGCCGAGCUCGGCCUCAGCGACGGCUGCGCCCUCCUGGUGGACGAUUUCCUCCAGAGCUACGAAGUGCGCGUCCGCCUCCAGCAAGCGGACGGCGAGGGCUCGUGGCGGCUGAUCACGGACCCGGACGCCCCCGCGCCCGCGCCCGCCUCCGCGUCAGCUUCCGCUUCCGCCUCCGCUUCCGCCAACGGUGCGAACGGCGCAGCGGACCCCAAGCCAGGCCCGUCGCGCCCGCGCCUGGACAGCGACAGCGACAUGGAGAUCGUCGAGGAGGACGACGCCGGCGAGCCUGUCGCGAAACCGAAGCGACGCCGCACUGUGGCGCCCGACGAGAUCGUAGAGCUGUGC